AUGAAGCAUUCAGCAUUAUGCUAUUUGGUUCGACGAGCUCUGAUCAAUGGCCGGAACUGUAACCGUCACGGUGCGGCAGUUGUGAGGCCAUCCGUGGCAGCAGAAAUGAGACAGAUGAACCUCUGUGCCGAUGGUGGAAACGGUGGUUUCUUUUAUUGGAAGAGGAUGAUGGCUUCGCAAGCAGCAAUACCACCGACGGGAGAGGCGGAGGCUAAGUCGACGGGGAAGGAGAAGAGUGAUAAGGAGAGUUCUGGAACAAAGAAUAACAAGGUGGUGUCGAGUUAUUGGGGAAUUUCGAGGCCGAAGAUUACCAGAGAGGAUGGGACGGAGUGGCCUUGGAACUGCUUCAUGCCGUGGGAAACUUAUGAAUCAAACCUGUCCAUUGAUCUGAAUAAGCAUCAUGUGCCGAAAACUUUCCUGGAUAAAGUUGCUUACAGGACGGUGAAGCUCCUCAGAAUUCCCACAGAUUUGUUUUUUAAGAGGCAGUAUGGUUGUCGUGCAAUGAUGCUUGAAACAGUAGCAGCUGUCCCUGGAAUGGUUGGAGGGAUGCUGUUGCACCUCAGGUCACUUCGUAAAUUUCAGCAUAGUGGUGGUUGGAUCAAAGCAUUGCUUGAAGAAGCAGAGAAUGAGAGGAUGCACCUAAUGACUAUGGUAGAACUUGUGAAACCAAAGUGGUAUGAAAGACUGCUGGUUCUUGCUGUACAGGGAGUUUUCUUCAAUGCAUUCUUUGUAGUUUACAUAGUCUCACCAAAGCUGGCUCAUAGAGUUGUUGGGUACCUUGAGGAGGAAGCUAUACAUUCCUACACCGAGUAUUUAAAAGACAUUAAUAGCGGUGCAGUUGAAAAUGUUCCGGCUCCUGCCAUUGCAAUAGACUAUUGGAGGCUUCCCAAGGAUGCCAAAUUGAAAGAUGUUAUAACAGUCAUUCGUGCCGAUGAGGCUCACCAUCGAGAUGUUAACCAUUUUGCUUCGGAUAUCCACUUCCACGGUAAAGAACUGCGAGAUGCGCCGGCUCCUCUUGGUUAUCAUUAG